UUAGCCAAGUUCAAUCAUGGCGAGUGGCGAUGACUGGUCGAAAUGGAAUGCUAUGGCGGCGGAAUUCUACAAUAAGGUGGUUAAAGGCGUAAAUGCUGACGGACAACAGUUAAUCGACGAGGCACAUGUUCCUUCACUUUCCGAAAAGAACGAUCCGAAGGCUUUUAAUUCGGAGAAAUAUCCGUAUCCGUAUUUAGCGAUCUUAAAGGACAGUGCAUUGGUUAACGAGCGAAUUAUUUUGCUAUUCUUCGGUGAAAAUUUAAUUUACAAUGUGGAUUAUCGCAAAAAAUCGCGAGUCUAUAACGUGUACUUCAAAAAUAUUGGUUGUUUUGAGUAUGCUCGCUCAAAGCUCGACAGUUUUCCAAAACUCUUCAACACUUUUGAUGGUCGCAUGUUCCAGCAGAAAACAAUUCCGUCGGUGGCUUUAACCUCAACUAGAGCGUUGCCAGGUCCGGCGUCAUCGAUGCCAUCGCUACUAGAACGCACAGGCUUGGAUCUCAAGUCGCGAAACUAUCCGAUUUCAAAAACUCAACACAAACACCCGGAGAUCAUUCGCGCCCCCCUGGUCACCAAAGCCGACUACGCCAAGGGAUCUCUGCUAGCCAAAAACGACGUGAAUCGACGCUACUUGAAUGUGAAGUACGAGUUUGCCUUGGAACGCUAUAAUGCGUAUGUACUGGAGCAUCAGUCAAAGCAGGAAAAUCUGAUGGUGCAGUAUCGUUCUGGAAGAACCUUCCUAGUGCCGAAAACCCCAAUCUUGGAAGAUGACGCUGACACCAAUAAUAACGCCGAAAUCCAAAAAUCUAAGAAUAAUUUAAAACUUUCCGAUUGGAAUAUCAAGACUUGCAUCGCCUGUCACCGCUUUACCAAAACUGUUUGCAAGAUCUGCGCCAUGCCUUAUUGCCACGCCGAGUGCUUGAAAGCAGUCAAAGAGCAACACAACGAAUUUUGUGCCGCCAAGUCUUGCCCUCCAUCUAGGGAGAAAGCGCUACCUGUGUACCCAAACACUGGACUGCCGCCUUCGAAGGAAACUGUCAGGAUUACUGCAUUCGAGCAGACAAAUGUGGUCUAUGUCAUUUCGACUGAACGCAGUGUGAACAUUGCUCAUUUUUCGAUCCUCCAAGAGGUCAUGUCGAAGGGCAGGAAUGCUGCAAAACUUGAGAAGGUACCAGCAUGUGGACAGAUUGUGAUCCACAAAACUGAGACUCAAACAGUUCGCGCCAUGGUCGUUAAUGCUGAACACCCGAAUGAGAUCUUUGUGGUGUGCAUUGACUUUGGAAACAUCGAGAUGGUAGAACUGGGAAAUCUUUACGAGUGCUGUGACUAUUUGGCUGGCCUAAAAGUCUACCCUGUUGCUGUUCAGUUGCGGGGCGUUCCAAGACGUUUUAUGAAUCCCAAUGUGCAGGAUCUCUUAUACGAGCUCUCCAUGGAUAUGAUCUUUAAAAUCAAGUACUCUAAACGUGAGUUCAACUUCAACAAGGGAUUGCAAAUUGUGCAGCUAAUAGAAAACGAGUUCCAUCGAAACUUAAACCGAUUCAUCAAAACUAUGCUGACCCCCGUGGAACCUUCUGUGCCUGUCAAGGGAAAUAAAGAAGACUAUUUUCCGCACAUCUAUUUGCCCACCGGCAGAAAGCUCCAACUGGUUGUCAUGGACAAUUCUUUCCUCAAGUAUGGCCUGAUCUAUUGCACCACCGUGGAUCUGGCAUACGAAGUUACCAAAAUGCAGCGGGACUUGCAGGACUAUGGCGACAAUAUAGCCAAAUGCGAUUCUUUUGCCACAUCGCAAGGAGAGCUUUGUGUAGCUAAGUAUCAGGGGAAAUGGUGUCGCGGAGUGUUCCAGGAACUCGUGGGCGAUGGCUAUCCAAGCAUCCUCUUCCUUGAUUACGGAAAUAUUGUGCCGGUUCACAUUCAGGACAUUCGUCCUUAUCCGCCAGAGUUUAGAUUCCCCGUUGUGACCUCAGAACUGGAGCUGAUUGGUCUUCCUACAAAUCUCUCCGAUAAACAGCUUAUACGUCUGGAGGAAUAUUUCGGCGUGGGAACUUUUGUGGAAUGUGACGAAGUUAUUCUAAAUAAUGACGCGAACAACUAUUCUGUCCGUUUCGAUAUACUAAAAAGUAUAUUAGCAUAAGUUAGAUAAGCAUUCUGGUAAAAUAGUUUACCUUAAAAUAAGAAAUUUUAUUUCAAAACUGAGCUUUAUGUUAAAAGUAUUAAUGAAGAAAUGUAUUCACAGAAAAUAAAUUUAUCUUUUCAAGAUCCUA